UGCCCUAUAGUAAGUACACACACAAUCAGACUCGAGGUGUCCAGUUGUCCUUAGAAACGAAUAGCCUUCGUUACUGUGUAGAUCGCGAUUCACCAGCAGAGACAGACCAAGGGUUCGCCCAGGAAUUGGCCAAUCAGCGUUAGCUCACCGAUAAGUAACAGAUCCGAAAUCGCGGGGGAGGGGUAGAAAAGUCCCCUGGCAAUUUUUCCCGCGCUCUGGACGCCGCCGGAGGGGCACGAUGCUAGGCAGAGAAGGACCGAUCAAGUUUGACCCAACGUGAAGAUGUCGGCUCUGCGCAUCCUACUUAUCGGAAACGGCGGGCGCGAGCACGCCCUCGCCUGGAAGCUCGCCCAAUCGCCGCUGGUGGAGUCGAUUAUCGCCGUGCCCGGGAACGGAGGCACCGCGCGACUGCCCAAGGUGACCAACGACACGUCUGUGGCUGCUGACAACUACCCGGGUCUUGUCGAGCUCGCAAGAAAGAAUGGCAUCAAUCUCGUGGUCCCGGGGCCCGAGGCCCCUCUCGUCGAUGGCGUCGAGGGCUUCUUCCGCGAGGCCGGCAUCCCCGUCUUCGGCCCGUCCAAAGAAGCCGCGCGCAUGGAGGGCAGCAAGACCUUCUCCAAGGACUUCAUGAGGAAGCACAACAUCCCAACGGCCGCCUACGAGAACUUCGACGACUACGAAAAGGCCAGCCAAUACCUCGAGACGAUCGGACACAAUGUGGUGAUCAAGGCCACCGGCCUAGCGGCCGGUAAGGGCGUGAUAAUCCCUCAGACACAGGAGGAGGCUCAGCAGGCGCUCAAGGAUAUCAUGCUGGACAGGGCAUUUGGCUCUGCGGGUGACGAGGUCGUCAUUGAGGAGUUUCUGACGGGCGACGAGCUGAGCAUCCUCUCGUUCUGCGACGGCACCACUAUCAAGUCGCUGCCUCCCGCUCAGGAUCACAAGCGCAUUGGAGAGGGCGACACCGGCCUCAACACGGGUGGCAUGGGCUGCUACGCGCCCACCAAGCUGGCCACGCCGCAGCUGAUCGCCCGCAUCGAGCGCGAGAUCCUCCAGCCUACCAUUGACGGCAUGCGCAAGGACGGCUUCCCCUUCCGCGGCUGCCUCUUCACCGGUCUCAUGGUCACCCCCGACGGGACGCCGAAGGUCCUCGAGUACAACGUGCGCUUCGGCGACCCUGAGACUCAGACAGUGCUGCCCCUGCUCGAAUCGGACCUGGCAAAGAUCAUGUACGCCUGCGCCGGGCCCGUUCCGUAUCUGGAGGAUAUCCCUGUCAGGGUGUCGCCCAAGUUUAGCACGACCGUGGUGGUAGCCGCCCCUGGAUACCCCGAGUCAUACCCAAAGAACAUCCCCAUGCAAGUAGCCGAGGCGCCUCAGGAUAUAACCAUCUUCCACGCCGGCACGAAGCUCUCGGGCGACACGCUGCUCACCUCAGGCGGCCGAGUGAUCGCAGCCAAUGCAGUUGGUGACUCACUCCGGGCCGCUGUUGACAAGGCCUACGAGGGCGUCAAUCUGGUCAACUUCGACGGCAUGUACUACCGCAAGGACAUCGCCCACCGCGCGUUUCGCAAGUCGGACGCUUCCAACAAGUUGACGUACGCCCAGUCCGGCGUGAGCAUCGACGCGGGCAACGAGCUCGUCGACCGCAUUAAGGCCGCCGUCGCCACGACCCGCCGUCCUGGCGCCGACGCCAUCAUUGGCGGUUUCGGUGGCGAAGUCGACCUCUCGGCGGCCGGCCACCCAGGCGCGCCCAUCAUCGUCGGCGCCAUCGACGGUGUCGGCACCAAGCUCAUCAUCGCGCAGAAGAUGAACAAGCACGACACAGUCGGCAUCGACCUCGUCGCCAUGAACGUCAACGACCUAGUCGUCCAGGGCGCCGAGCCCUUUAUGUUCCUUGACUACUACGGUUGCUCCCACCUUGACGUCUCCGUCGCCACCUCUUUUGUCGAGGGCGUCGCCAAAGGGUGCAUCGAGGCAGGCUGUGCCCUGGUCGGCGGCGAGACAGCCGAGAUGCCCGACCUGUACUCCGGCGACGACUACGACGCUGCCGGUGCCGCAGUUGGCGUGAUGAAAGCCUCCCAACGCCUCCCGCGCAAGGGCGUCAUGGUCGACGGCGACGUCCUGCUCGGCCUGGCUUCCUCGGGCGUGCACUCCAACGGCUUCUCCCUCGUGCGUAAGAUCGUCCGCACCCGCGGGCUGGAAUACGCCGACCCUUGCCCCUGGGACAGCACCACCACCCUCGGCGAAGCCCUCCUCACCCCGACAAGGAUCUACGUCAAACCGCUCCUUGCGGCCCUCGCGCAGACUGGCGCCGCCAUCAAGGGCAUGGCGCACAUCACCGGCGGCGGGCUCACCGAGAAUGUGCCGCGCAUGCUGCCCCCGCACCUCGCGGCCGAGAUCGACGUGGCUACCUGGGAGGUGCCGCCCGUGUUCAAGUGGCUGGGCCAAUCGGUUGAGCCGGCCGAGAUGGCGCGGGCGUUCAAUAACGGUCUAGGGAUGGUGCUCGCCGUCGAGGCGGGACAGGCGGCCGAGGCGGUGGUCAAGGCUCUGGAGGGGGCCGGCGAGAGGGUGUACACCGUCGGGCGGCUGGUCAGGAGGGAAGGGGAGGGAUGUGUUUUGCGGAAUCUGGAGCGGUGGGCUUAAGGGGUCUAGUCAUGAGGGAUGGGUAGAGUGUUUGGCUGCAUGGGAUCUAUGACCUUGGACAACGGGUCAGAGAUAUACGGGGCAAACAAAAUCUCAAUAGAUGGGUGCUGGGAUUGACCACAUCAUACACGCUAAGUCUGCCCGCGUAUAAAAGGCGGCUGCCAAUACAAAAGGCGACGAGAACCGCU